CUUCAAUUCAAUUCAUAGUAAUCCGCAAACUCAGAACAGAAACUGCAAGAUGCUCAUCAUCGGGCUUACCGGGUCCAUUGCGACCGGCAAAUCAACGGUUGCUUCAUUGCUCUCAUCACCGCCGCACUCGUUGCCUAUAGUUGACGCCGAUGUCCUGGCUCGAGAGGUUGUCGAGCCCGGCACAAGAGGCUAUCGUGCCAUCGUCAGGCACUUUGGCCCCAUGGCCCCAGACCUGCUUCUCCCAGCUUCCGAUAGUAUGCCAGAGAAUGGGCCUAAUGGCAAGGGACGUCCAUUGAACAGGGCUGUCCUAGGGCGCCUCGUCUUUGGCGAUGAGCCCCAGAUGCAGAAAAACAGGGCGGUGCUCUCCGGAAUCGUUCACCCUGCUGUGCGGCUAGGGAUGGUCAAAAUGGUGACGGCAUGCUAUCUCAAAGGCUACUGGGCAGUGGUGUUGGAUGUCCCGCUUCUGUUUGAAAGCCGGCUGGAUAAGUUCUGUGGCACGACAAUGGUGGUUGCCGUGACGGAGCCAGAGACGCAGCUCAAGAGACUGAUGGAUAGAAACCAAGAUCUCAGCAGAGAAGACGCCGAGAACAGAGUCAAGAGCCAGAUGGAUGUGCGGCUAAAGGCAAAGAGAUGCCUCUAUGGGGGCGAGGGAAGGGGAGUGGUGCUAUGGAACGACGGAUCCAAGGACGAGCUCAAGGCCAAGUUGGACGAGGAGAUACGGAAGCUCAAGGCAGCGAAUCCAGAGUGGUGGUCAUGGCUGAUGCUGGGAUGCCCGCCACUGGCAGUGGUACUGGCAACAUGGAGGUUUUGGCAGAAUAUCAGAGUUGAGAGGCAGUGGAGAGAGAUCCAGGAGAGGGAGGCCAGCACCUGAUCACUUGGUAGCUAAAUGGGUAUGAAUAAUGAACAACAGAAUACAAUUAAAAAAGCUGGG